AUGGCUCUGCUGGUGGCAGUGGCACAAAUGCUGCUGCUUCUGGGUCUGGCUGGGGAGUCCCAGUGCUUCUGCUCACCCACUGCCUUCUACAAGAAUUGCUGGAUCCGGCGCUUCCCAGGCCUCCUUGUGGACCUGCAGGAAUCCCAGAGGAGGGGAGCCCAGCUGCUGAAGGGUUAUGCAGAAAUCUCCCCACAACAGUGCAGCAGAACCUGCUGCCUUCUGAGGAACGUCUCUUGCAAUCUAGCAGUGUUCUACCAUGGAGCCAUUCAUGAGAACAGGAACUGCCUGCACAUGUCUUGCCCAGCUUUGGAAAGCUGCAUUCUAAGGGCUGGAGUUGAUGUCAUUUUGUACAACAUCACAACAGGGAUUGAUCCAGAUCUUCUCAUUUUUGAGAAACUGAAAUACCAAGAGCCAAACGCUCACUCCUCAGCGAGUACAUCUGAGAGGCAGCAGAGCACAAAGACCCCUGAGUGGGGAAGAUGCCAACAUCACAAUGUCACCACCUCAGGUUCUCCUCUGCUCCGAGCUCCACCUGCUGCCACUAGCCAUGGCUUACCAGGAAACACUCACACCCCCACCUGGAGUCUGAAAUCGCGGAGGACUGAAGGUACUGCCUAUUCCAGGGCAGAAACUUCCCCGGUAGACAUUGCUUUUGCUAGGAGAACAAGCAGCAGGUCGGUCACCAACUCAGACAAGACUGCACACUCGGCUUUGAGCCCCAAGCCUGCCAAGGUGUUAUCCCAUGCACCCACCCCUCCUCACCUGAACAGCAGCAAGCAACACCUCAAUGAAACCAAAGGCUACAGUGGGAGGAAUUCCACGUCGGGUGAUGAGGCAGCUGCCUGGGAAGCUGCAGCUUUGGGGGUCUGGCUGAUUCCUGUUGUCCUUUGCUCUUCUCUCCUCUGCCUGUGCUGUUGCACUGUUGCCCUCACAGCCGAGCGCUGCAGCUACAGGAGGGGUCACUAUAAACCUGUAAGGACACGAACAACAAUGUCCAGACAGCUCAUAAAAUAUGCUCCUGUCAGAGGUAACCUGUGA